ACCGAGGAGGAACCUCUGUUCUGCUUUCCCUCUCUGCGGAUACACGGAUAAUAGCGCACUACAGCUGAGAAAAUGGUUUUGCUGCUGCCGAUGGUUACCCUUUACACCCUGAGCGUCUUUAGCGGAGCAUCCGCCGCCACUCACUAUAAUUGCAAUGGUCCUCUGGUAUCAGCGUUACCCCAUUCAUCCUUUCAGAGCUCCUCUGAGUCCUCAGUCAAUUAUGCUGCCUACAAUGCCAAGCUCAACAGAAGAGAUGGUGCAGGAGGUUGGUCUCCAAUGGUGACUGACCAAGAGCCCUGGCUCCAGGUGGACCUCAGGGAGCAGAUGGAGGUGACUGGUAUAGCCACACAGGGACGUUAUGACAGCUGGGACUGGGUCAGCAGUUACCUGCUGCUCUACAGUGACACAGGCCGGGCUUGGAAACAGUACAGACAAGAGGACGGUGUAGGGAGGUUUGUUGGGAAUGGGAACUCGGAGGCCGUCGUCCAGAACAAGCUGUCAUACCCAGUGAGAACACGCUUCCUGCGGUUUGUCCCUCUUGACUGGAACCCCAGUGGCUGGAUGGGCCUCAGGGUGGAGGUGUACGGGUGCUCCUACAAAUCCUAUGUGGCAGACUUUGAUGGCAGAAGCUCAUUGCUGUAUCGGUUCAACCAGAAGUCCAUGUCAACGGUAAAGGAUGUGAUCGCUCUGCGCUUCAAAAGCCAUCAGGCUGAGGGCGUUUUACUGCAUGGAGAGGGGCAGAGAGGAGAUUACAUCACUCUGGAGCUUCAUCGAGGAGCACUGGACCUCUACCUCAACUUAGAUGAUAGCAGGCCGAGGUUCAGCAGCCGUCGUGUUGCUGUCACUGUGGGCAGUCUGCUGGAUGACCAGCACUGGCACUCUGUUUAUAUAGAGCGCUUCAACAAGCAGGUUAACCUCACAGUGGAUUCCCACACACAGCGCUUCCAAACCAAAGGGGAAGGAAACUCACUGGAAGUGGACUACGAGCUGAGUUUUGGCGGUAUCCCAUUGCCUGGUAAGCCAGGUACUUUUCUGAGGAAGAACUUCCAUGGUUGCAUGGAAAACCUCUACUACAAUGGAAUCAAUAUCAUAGACCUGGCAAAGAGACGCAAACUGCAGAUACACAGCGGCAAUGUGACCUUCUCGUGUUCACAGCACCAGCUGGUGGCUUGCACCUUUGUGAGUUCCAGCAGCAGCUUCCUGUCGCUCCCAUCAGCAUCGCCUGCUGCGGGGGGUUUCUCCGUUCACUUCCAGUUCAGGACGUGGAACCCAGACGGGUUGCUGCUCUCUGUCCAGCUGAACCCAAAUCCACAGAGACUGGAGCUGCAGAUCAGCAACAGCCGGCUACAUCUGACCCUCCACAGCUCAGGACGACAGAAAUCAGAGGUCUCAGUUGGUAGCAGAGUCAGCGAUGGACUGUGGCACUCUGUGAGCCUUGAUGCGAGGAAUCUACAGAUCACCCUUACUGUGGAUAAUGAGCCCUCCUCCACAAUUGAACUUUGGGAACAAGUGCAAUCAAGAGGCAGCUUUUACUUUGGAGGCUGUCCUACCUCUGCAAUGGACUGCCAGGUCUUUACUCCAGCCUUCCAGGGUUGUAUGCAACUUAUAUUUAUCAACAGCCAGCCGAUGAAUCUCAGUCAUGUACAGCAAGGUCUUCUGGGGAAUUAUAAUGAGCUUCAGUUUGACAUUUGCAAUAUAAAAGACAGAUGCCUUCCUAACCUGUGUGAACAUGGAGCCCGCUGCUCUCAGAUGUGGAGCUCUUUCUCUUGUGACUGUUCAGGGACGGGUUAUGCUGGAGCGACAUGUCACAACUCCAUUUACGAGUCGUCCUGUGAGGCCUACAAGCUGAGUGGCAGCUCCUCUGGCUUCUACUUCAUUGAUCCAGAUGGGAGUGGUCCUUUGGGGCCCACACAGGUAUACUGCAACAUGACAGAGAAGAAGGUAUGGACCAUAUUGUCACACAACAUCACAGCUCCAGUCACAGUCCAGAGCUCAUCCCUUCAGAAACCUCACAUCAUGAUGUUCAACUACAGUGCUUCAGCUGAACAACUGCGUGCUAUCGUAUCUGGGUCGGAACAGUGCCAGCAGGAAGUGGUUUACAACUGCAGGAAGUCCCGUCUUUUUAAUACAAAGGAUGGCAGUCCGCUGUCUUGGUGGCUGGACCGGGAAGGAGAGAAGAGGAGUUACUGGGGAGGCUUCCUGCCUGGAGUUCAGCAGUGCUCCUGCAGCGUGGAGGAGAACUGCAUUGACAUGAACUACUUUUGCAACUGUGAUGCUGAUACAGACACAUGGGCUAAUGACACAGGAAUCCUCUCCUAUAAAGACCACCUACCAGUGAGCCAGAUAGUGAUUGGAGACACCAACAGGAUGGGCUCACAGGCUGUCUACCACAUCGGCCCUCUGCGUUGUUAUGGAGACAGGUCUAUAUGGAACGCGGCCUCCUUCUACCAGGAAUCGUCAUACCUUUACUUCCCCACGCUACGGGCAGAGCUUGCUUCUGACAUAUCCUUUUACUUCAAGACCAGCGCUCCUUCUGGAGUGUUUCUUGAGAACCAGGGCCUCAAGGUCUUCAUCAGAGUUGAGCUUAGCUCUCCCUCGGUGGUGACUUUCUCGUUUGAUGUGGGAAAUGGUCCAGCAGUCCUGUCCGUGAAGUCCCACGUCCCUCUGAAUGACAGACAGUGGCACUACGUGAGGACAGAGUGCAACGUGAAGGAGGCCUCCUUGCAGGUUGACCAGCUACCCCUCCGCUUCCUGGAGGCUCCAGCUGAGGGACACCUCCGCUUACGGCUCAGUAGCCAGUUGUUCGUAGGGGGAACUGCGUCCCAGCAAAGAGGUUUCCUGGGCUGCAUCAGGUCUCUGACCGUCAACGGUGUGAGCUUUGAUCUGGAGGAGAGGGCCAAGAUGACGCCAGGAGUGAGCGCCGGCUGUCCCGGCUACUGCACCGGUUCUAGCAGCCUCUGCCACAACCGAGGGAGGUGUGUUGAGAAAAGCAAUGGCUACAUCUGUGACUGCUCACAGUCCGCCUACGGAGGAACCACCUGCAACCAAGAGGUGUCGGUAUCCUUUGACAGAGAGUCCUCGGUGACCUACACCUUUCAGGAGCCCUUCUCGGUGAUGCAGAACAGAAGCUCGCAGGCCUCCAGUUUUUCCACAGACAGCAGGGCCAGAGAGGAUGUGGUCCUGAGCUUUGUCACCUCCCAGAGGCCAGCGAUGCUGCUCACCGCCAGCACCUUCAGCCAGCAGUACAUUGCUGUCAUUCUGGCCAGAAACGGGAGUGUGCAGAUCUGGUAUCGCCUACAGACAGACAAGAGUCCGGAUGUGUUCACUCCCACCCCCGGUAAUCUGGCAGAUGGACGUCUUCAUCGAAUCAGAAUCCAUCGAGUAGGCAAAAACCUCUAUGUACAGAUCAACCAGGACAUCCACAGAAAGUACGCACUGUCAUCUGAUGCAGAGCUGAUCCUCAUGAGAUCCCUGAUGUUGGGCAAAGUCACCAGGAUGGAGAAUUUUGAUGAGGAAGUGAUACAAGGAGCUUCUAAAGGUUUUAUUGGCUGCCUUUCCUCAGUCCAGUUUAAUCAUGUUGCACCACUGAAGGUAGCGCUGACGAAUCGCGGAAGCUCAUUGGUCACCGUCCGUGGUCCACUGGUCCAAUCAAAUUGUGGAGCACUAGCCGAGUCACAUACCCUGCAAGAUCAGGCUGCAAACACGAAUAAAGAUAAGGAGCAGCGUGCCAGCAGCACCCAGAAGGAUUUGGCUGUAAUAGCAGGUGUGGUCACUGCAGUGGUCUUCAUCACUGUGUGUGCACUUGCUGUGAUAAUCCGUCUGGUCUACCAGCAGCGGCAGGCCCAGAGGAGCAGCAGCAGCAGCAUCAAGGAGGAGCACAGACACAGCAUGUACACAGACUACAGGACUGAACUGCACCUCCACAACCCGGUCAGGGACAGUGUGAAGGAAUACUACAUCUGACUGCAGGGUGCAGCCUGUGCCACAAACUUACCUCUCUCUUCUAAAGGACUAACAGGUGGACAUGCUGCUGCAGGAUUUCUUACAACACUGCAUCUCCAUGCCCUGGAAGUCGCACAGGGACACCGCAAAAGUCUGCAGACUCCAAUCCAAUCUCCUAAUGCUCCUGUAAAAGCAAGUGGCUGAAUCUUUGCGGCUCUUAGUGUAUUUGAUGUUGGUGAAACUGUCAGAAUCAAGCUGCUGUGGUUUCUGUCAUUACAAAAAUGUGUAAAGCAAAAGGGGUGGGCGGGGCGUGGACAAGUGCAGCAAGCAGAGAAGCUGCUGACUGUCCUGAAUGUGCACAACAAUAUUUCCACAUUUCAGUGGGACUCACUAAAUUGUGUUUGUUAGUCAGGAAAUGUAGGCCAGGCCUGUAAGAUAUGCAUCCAUUCGCUGCUCUAUUUGUUUUUCCACUGGGAGUGAAUGUUGAAGAAGAAAAGGGGACAAUACUGCCUACACUGUAUGAGUGCCUAAUUUGCAUGUGUUUUUAUUUGAACAUUUUAAAAGUUAUUCAUGUGACCCUCACAAAGACAGUCACAUUUUCAUAAAACAGGGAGUAUUGUCAUUCCAAACCACACUGCAUAGAGCAAAAGAAAAUCCAACUUUCACAGAAUUCUGCAGGUUGACCCUAGGGUCAAGCGAUGGCUGACUGUCAGUAACAUUUUCUUCACCAGCCUGUUUACCACCACACUGUUUGUAGCAGCAUGGAAACUGACAAACUGAAAAGUCCAUUAAAUUCAGAAAAUUUGAACUCUUUGUUAACAGGAUGUACAGUGAGGUCCUCAUUUAUCAAAGUGUGCAUAAUUCAAACCUCUGAAUUUGUUAAACUCAGCCACAGUCCCAUCACAUCACCACAGAAAACUAUGUUUUCUUUUGGUGCAAUUUCCUUCCAUGAUGUACUGUACAUUUGAUUUGAUUCAUUUGAAUCUGCACAUGAUCUCUCCUACACCCACUGAUGACACAAUUUUCAUCGCUCAGACACACAGCUGAUGGAGAAAGUAUAAAACAUGCACACACCCAGAAUCAGCCAUAUAUGGUGACAUAUUACGCUUUAACGCUGGGGCAGACAACAUGUUUUUGGGGUCUUUGAAUGAAAACAGUAACCAAUAAUUCAUAUUUGGAUCUUGGACUCACAUAUCUUAAGCAGCUUCUCAUUUCAGCAUCUGUCUCAACAGGUUUUUGAGCUCUGCUCCCCCUUCCUUCUUCUGAUUGGCUGCUUCUCGCAAAAUUUGAACAGCAGAUAGGAGAGGCUGCUGUGCUUACAGCUAGAGCUGUGUUACUUCUCACACAGUCUCAUCUUAACCAUCUCACAGAAGACGACAUCACACACUAGUACCAGUGUAGACUGAAUGUAAAAGAUGGAUGUAGCCACCAUGACGUCCUGUUGUGAAGCAUCAUGCUGAUAGGCUAGCAACUCAUCAGUCACAUGGAAAACAAUCCCUGUUUUAUUCUUCUUCUUGACUUUAAGAUCAACUUCAUUCUUGUAGUUUCUUGUAGACUGGUCCUUGCAACCCAAGGACCAGGUCCCUGCUGGCCAUGGGAAAGAAUUAAGGUGCAUAUCCAUUUGCUUCACUUCUCAGAUCCUGUGCCAGUUUUAAUAUAAACUCUGUGUGUAACAAGAAUUUAACUCAUCUUCAAAUUUUGGCUUCUCUUAAUUUUCCACGAACACAGUGCAUGUUGUUAUGUGGAUAGACGAAUGCUCGACUGGCCUUUCAGCCCUAAAGCUUACACACCUUCAAGCACAAUAUAUUAGCAUUCUAUUAUUGGAAGCCUUUGCAUACAGAAACUGUAUAUGUAUGAACAUUUGAUAAAUGAGGCCUCAACUCAGUAACUCUCAGCACUCACUGUUGCAGGUUUUUAAACCUUGUACAUAACUAAGAAGAUGCAAUAUGUAAAAAAGUGUAUAUUGUAUCAUGAGAGUAGCAGAAAUCAGAAAAUAAUCGAGAGAGUCAUAUUAUUUAAAUAAAUACAAAUCAGUGAUUUAUUCUAAAGGGUGUAAUUAUCAAGCAGACUUUUCCUGUGAGACACCACAGGUAAGCAGGAGCAGCAUCUACAGGUGUGUUCUGAGAGUUUGUGUUCUUUGGUAUACAGUCAGCAGUUUGCUUCAUAGUGAGGGGGAGUAAUAGUAACCAACAGCAAAAUCACAGCAGCAAGUUAGUGGGGUUUUGUCCUGUGCAGGAGAAUGUCUGCCAGACGCAGGUGCACUCAGACAUGUCUCUGGAUUUUUACAUAGCAACAUUUACUUGUGGAGUACCGGUUUAGUACAAAAGUUUAAUCUGGCUUGUAUUUUAGAGCACUAAUCAGCAGUGCUUAGAGCGUUUUGCAUAAAAGAAAAUGGCCUGACAGAAUUUAUUUUCUAAUUUACAGGGAGGAAAAUGAUACUUUUUAUGUGUUUCAAAUGGAAAUAUGGAAAAGAAAAUUAAAGGCUGGAUGAAAAUGCAGACUACCUUGCUUUAUUAGAUCCUUGCUUCUACUGGGCAUGAAAGUGAUACCAGAGGAAAAAAAAAUCAUGUUACCUAAAUUAAAAAAAAGCACCUUUUCAGGGCCAGCGCUGCAUUAUCAAAUUGAUCUCAUUAUCCACUGGGUUCAGCUGCUCUCUGGCUGCAUCGCUGUCUUUGUCAGCAUCAGUUAUGCUUUGAACUUAACAGGCUAAACAUAAAGGUUAAGUCCAAAGAAAAGCUGGCACACACUUAUUUAUUUAGCAUCUUGUCAUGAACUAAAGAGUUGAAGUCGUCAUAAUUCGUUCUCUUGGGAUUCUAAUGUCAGAACAAAAUGUCAAUAAGAGUUCCUUCUGAUUUUUGGACCAAUGCACUGAUGAAUGGAAAGACUGGAGCUCCACCACUAUCACAGGUAAAGUUUCCAUGACUGAAGGUGAUAAAGGACGGUGGGUGGUGAGAUGAGAUCUUGAGCCUGUGUACCCUCUCUGUGCAUGUCCUCCAAAUAUACCUGAAGAUGUGAUUUCCAUAUCAGUGAAUGAAUACAUACCUCUCAGAGUGUUUAGGUUAUUCUGCAAUGGGUAAUAUCAUGUGGUCACUUCUUAAUGAUUUGUAUAGCUGCAGUUUUAUUA